GCAAGCAAGCCAAAACUGCUGCUGAAGCUGAGUGGAAUUGGAGAAGACAAUCAUUCUAUGGCCGCGGCGAACACUUAUACCACCGUUCCCUCGUGUGAGCUCAACACACCUGACAUAAAGUUUGAUGAGAUUUUGGAUGGCAAAACCAUUUACAGUUUCAGUAGCUGUAACAUGGAAGUGAAUUGUGAGCCAGCACAUGGUUGCCCCACCACACUGGAGGACGAUUCCAAGUCAAUGGUGUUGUUUGACCUCAGUCCACUCCCGUCAGUCACCUCACCCCAGUGUGACCAGGAAGAUCAACAAGACAUCUGUAGGGAGGAACAGAUAAUGAAGCCACAAGACUGUAUUGAUGUUGCCUCUGAUUUGAGUACCUUGAUGCCCUCCACCACCAACACACUACUCUGCCAUCCCCAUCCACCACUAUCUCCUUCAGACUUCCUCAAUAGCCAUGAACGAUCAUCAUUUACACAAGACUCGGGCACAGUGAAUCUCUCUGCUCCAUUUCUCUCAGAUGCUCUUCCACCCCAGGACUUGGAGAAUAAUUUAGAAAUUUCCCCAGAAAUAAUGGAGCACAUCAAUAAAAUCCUCCCACACAGCCUGGACAUUGAUGAGUUAAAUGCCAAUACCACAUAUCUGGACAUGUUCCUUGGAAACAGUGAUGAUCUCCUCAACAGUGCCAUGCAAGAGUCAGGCCUACUAGACACUGAGAUGAAUAAUGGACUUGGAAGGCCGUGUGAGGGUGAUGCGAGUGCUCUACCUCAACUGCCAACUGAGGGAGCUAAGAGUGUCUACCAAGGUCAUGACACCCCAGUCAACCAGAAUUCACUUUCCAUUGAGUCAUUCUUGAAUACGUCACAUGUCACGGCUCUCUCACAGACAGUUGGGACGGAAUCUGUGUGGCCUUUACAGGAACCUCAGAUAUCCUCACCGUCAGUUGGAGAGUUCGAGGGUUUGUUGGCGCCAUCCCCUUGUGUGGAGUCUCUUGUGUUGCCUUCUACUCCGUUAUCUAGUGGUGCAGCAGGAGUGGCACACUCUAAUAUUAGUACAGUCAGAGUAACCCGACAGAGGAGGAGCUCCAAGAGGCCCGCCAGGUUCAGGGAUACUGUGCCUCUCGAUGAUUGCUUAACCACAGAUCUGCUGGGCUUAGACUUAACGCAAGAGUCACUUGAACCAUUGGCAUCAACGUCUGGGUACACCACCUCACCCAGGAAGAGAAAAAAGUCUGAGGCACUUGAGGAACCAUUGGCCUCAACAUCUGGGUACACCACCUCUCCCAAGAGGACCAGACAGUCCAAUACGUGUCUGUCGGAAGAAGAAAAGUACCGUAGAAUUCGCGUGUUGAACAACGAGGCAUCGAAAAAAUGCAGGCAGAAGAGGAAGGAAAGUAUGAAGGAUAUGGAAGGAACUGUGGUACUCCUUGAGGAGAAAAACAAGAAGCUGAAGGCGAAGGAAGCUGCCCUUACCAGACUGCGGGACAGAUUUCAGUCCCUCGUUCAUGAAACGUUUACGAAAAGAUUGAAAUCAAAUCUGCAAAAUAUUAAAGAUUGAGCUCAAAGUAUAUUAAAGAUUGAACUCUAAUGUACUACAAGAUUGAGGCUUUUGACUUGCUGGACUUGUUCAAAUUAAAAUUGCCCGAAUAAGAAUUUUAAGUCUAGAAAGUCAGUCUCCUAGCCAAUGUAAACAGUUGACAUGUACUGUAUAACAAUUUGGAAGUACUGUACUAUAGUAUAAUUCAACAUCAGAGCAAAAUUAAGUUGUGGUUUGUAGUUACAAUCACUGCAUGGUGUGGUGUGAUUAAUUACCUGUUGUACAAUGACCACUGUACAAUAAUAAUGCACAGGAUGGUGUACAGUACCUACAAAGUAAUGUUUUUAUAAUAUUUAUAUUUUAACCGUUUACUGGAGAAGGUUUGAGAAUAUUUAUAUAUUGGCAUAAUUUUAGAUGAAAUAAAUAUUUGUUGAAAA